AUGAAGCCGGCGCCGCGGCGGCCGCUGCUGCUGCUGUGCGCGCUGGCAUCGGCGGCAGCGCUCUCCAUCCUCCUCAUCGCGCCGCCGCCGCUCGCCGCGCACCUCUCCUCCCUUCUCCUCGCCUUCCCGGCCUCGCCCUACGCGGGCAGCCCCAAGCUGGUCUUCCUCCUGGCCGGCCAGUCCAACAUGGCCGGGCGCGGCGUCGCGCCGCCCCCGCCGCUCCCGCCUCCGUUCCGCCCGCACCCGCGCGUGCUCCGCCUCGCCGCGUCACGCCGCUGGGUCGUCGCGGCCCCGCCGCUCCACGCCGACAUCGACACACACAAGGCCUGCGGCCUCGGCCCCGCCAUGCCCUUCGCGCACCGCCUCCUCCUCCACGCCACCGCCGCCGACUCCGACUCCGACCUCGUCCUGGGACUCGUGCCCUCCGCCGUGGGGGGUACUAGGAUCUGGAUGUGGGCUAAAGGGGAGCCGCUCUACGAGGCCGCCGUCGCCAGGGCGCGCGCCGCCGUUGCAGCUGGCGGCGGGACCCUCGGCGCCGUGCUCUGGUUCCAGGGGGAGAGCGACACCAUCGAGCUCGACGACGCCACAGCAUAUGGAGGCAGGAUGGAGCGCCUCGUCAACGAUCUCAGGGCCGAUCUCGGCAUCCCCAAUCUGCUCGUCAUACAGGUUGGUCUUGCAUCAGGAGAGGGUAAUUACACUGAUAUUGUCAGGGAAGCUCAGAGAAAUAUCAAGCUUCCUAACGUCAUUCUUGUAGAUGCAAUAGGAUUGCCGCUCCGCGAUGAUCAGUUGCACCUCUCCACAGAAGCUCAACUCCAGCUGGGUGACAUGCUGGGACAAGCCUUUCUGAAAUUUAACUCAUCCAUGGAUUCAAGACAAUGA